UUAAAAAGAAGAUCAAUGAGAGGGAGCUUGCCACAGAGAUUACAGUGUAGUACAUUGAAGGAAACAUAUUGAAAACAGAAUUUAGAACCAAAAGUCAAAGUCGACCAGGGCCAGAACUGACAAGCUCUAACCUAGGUACAAAGUUCUAGCAAACAAGUUACUGAAAAAAUUCCUAAAUUAUAUUCUAUGUGCACAAAAUGUUGGCGAUGUUAUUAAAUGUAUUGAAUGUGAUAAUUUUGUAUUUUCUGCAGAAAAUACAACCGACCAACCUAUAACCUUUUCUGUAGAUGUGGAAACAAUCAGAAGUCUUUUUUUUUUUUUAAGUUUGACAGUCUCAUGGAUUCAGGAGUUCGGCCUACUUCCACAGACUGCUUGCUGAGCAACUUCUGGAUCGCAUAUAACUAGAAAAAGGAUAAAUAUAAUUGAAUCAAUAUUGAGAGAAUGGGAAAUGGGAAACAGGUCAAAAUGAGCAAGAGAUGCAUGAGCGUGGGUCAGCAAACAUGGGCUCUUCUCUGUAAGAACUGUCUCAAAAAAUGGAGGAUGAAAAGACAGACCUUGUUGGAAUGGCUCUUUUCAUUUCUUCUGGUACUGUUUCUGUACCUAUUUUUCUCCAAUUUACAUCAAGUUCAUGACAUUCCUCAAAUGUCUUCAAUGGAUCUGGGACGUGUAGAUAAUUUUGAUGAUACUAAUUAUGUUAUUGCAUUUGCACCUGAAUCCAAAACUACCCAAGAGAUAAUGAACAAAGUGGCUUCAGCCCCAUUCCUAAAAGGAAAUUCCAUAUUAAAAGGGUUAUCUUCAUAA